ACUGCAUGGACGAGAUCAAAUUUCCAUUGGCAUGGACCAAUGGUGGUGGUUGUGGUUGUGUUAUGGACCUGUGUAGCAUAUGUGCUUUGGCAGUGUUCUGCUGGUGAAUCUCAUGCCCGUAUUUACAUAGAUGAUCUACUCAAAAGACACCAGAAGCUCAUCUCAGGAUCAGAGCCUAACACACAGACCGAAAAUAUUGUGGUUGACAGCAAUAUAAAAAGAGUUUGCUACUAUGCACUACCUCAUGUGAACACUACUGUUGCCACCUUGAGCCCAAGGGAUAUACCACCAGACUUGUGUACACACAUUAUAAUUAUAGGAGCUGAGAUACAUGAUAAUAAGAUUGUUCCUGUUGAAGAAAAUGAUUUGAAGGUAUUUGCUGAAGUAGUGGCACUUAAAGAAGUAAAUCCCAGUCUGCGUGUCUUGCUGUGUUUAGGAGGAGACUUCUCAGAGUUGGUGAGAGAUCCUACCUCUGUAGCUGUUUUUGCCUACAAUGCACAGCAGUUUUUGAUAAAUUAUAAUUUAGAUGGUAUUGACCUAGACUGGGAGUUCCCUGCCUGGCCAGCAUGGAAGAAGAAUGUUUUGGAAAAGAAAUGGUUUACAUACUUUGUCCUUCAGCUAAAUAAUGCUCUCAAGUUGGCUGCACAUCCUUCUUUCCUCCUAAGCAUAGCUGUAGGUACUCCAAAACCCAUUGUGGAUCAUUGCUACGAGGUUGACCAACUGGCAAAAUAUGUAGAUUUUGUGUCCAUUAUGGGCUAUGACUACCACAUGUAUCAGUCAUACUUACCCUUCACUGGUCACAACGCUCCCCUGGCAGAACGGCAUGAUGAGAUUGGAUACUUUUCCACGCUGAAUAUUGAAUGGGCAACCCAGUAUUGGCUGCAAAAGGGAAUGCCUAAAGAAAAGUUGAUGGUUGGUAUACCCACUUAUGGACGCACAUGGAGGCUGCUGAGCGGUGCAUGGCAUAAUGUUGGAGCUCCAGCAGUUGGGACUGGAAUGUUGGGAGGAUCUCUUACUUACACAGAAGCAUGCAUCUUUGUGAAAGAGGGAGCAACAGCUUAUUUUGAUGAUGAGAGUAAAGUGCCAUAUGCUGUCAGAGGAAGAGAUUGGGUCUCUUAUGAAAAUCCUGCAAGUAUCAGAGCCAAGGCUGAAUGGGUCAAGACUUCAGGUGUGGCUGGGGUGAUGACCUUUGACCUUAAUUCUGAUGACUAUGCUGGCCUGUGCUCAAGGAAGAAAUUUGAACUGCACAACAUAAUUAAGGAUACUUUGUCUGAUAUUCCACACAAAUAAGUAUAUAAAGGAUUAUAUUAUAUCAUGAGUAUUUUGUAUUAUAAAAAGGAUUUCUUAAGGCAUGUCCAGGUGGGAAGACAAGAUUGGCAGGCAUGCCAGAAGAGUGAUGUCAGAGGCAGGCAAACUACCAGUUAAACUCAUUCCACUCUUAAAUUAGUGUAACCAGUAUUUUGCCUGCCUUUGACAUCACUCUUUGGCCAUGCCUGCUCUUUAGACAUGGCUUUAAAGUUUUACAAAUUGGAUUCUUAUUACAGAGAUGCUUACCCGAAAUCUAGCCCAUCAGUAAUUUUUUCAAAAAAUUUGUAGAUUUUCGGUAAUUUGGUGGUACUUACCCAUAAUGAACUGUAUAUGGCAAUAUUUUGACAAAUAUUAUCUUUUCAACAAGAAAACAUAAAAAAUAUCAGAUCUGGAUUACUUUUCUCUUCUCAGCAAAUUCACAAACUUUUUUUUUUUUUUUUUUUUUUUACUUUUUUUUUACUUUACUUUUUACUCAUAUCCACACUCUAAAACAGCAUAAGUAAGAAAAAAAUUGGCACAGACUUGGUAAUGAACAUUCAUGUACAGUGCAGUGAGGUGAUCACAAUUUGCAAUGCAGUCUCGCUCAAUCCAAAUCUCAAUGCAUUCGGUAUAUACACAGUAUUGUAGUGGGCAAGGCUGCCAGUAAUUGGGUUGGUUGUACAAGACUGGCGAGCCUUUUUAUAGUAGUGAAGACAAUCAGAUAUCAGGAUUUUAAUAAAUGAACAUUUUUUCUUAAAAAUCCUAAUUAAAAGAGUUAAAAUUUUAUUAAUUAUGGGCAAAUUGUAAGGUUAACAUCUCUGUUAAUAUGAUAAGUAAAUCCAAAUAAGUGUUGAUGGGUAUGAUCUUUUAUAUGCCUCAACAUAUUAAUAUUUAUAUAUUAAAAUUUUAUAUUUAUGGUUGAUUAUUCUUAUAUGAUUACACUUAUACUCUUAUAUUCAGGUGAAUUAUAUUAAGAUAUUACAACAACUUUCUAAAAUAUAGCCUCUUUCAGACUAGUUAUAAUUAGUUGUGUAAUUAUUCUAGCUGAAGAGAUAAUACUUUUUAAGCUUGUAUCCUUUCAGUGAAAAUGAAGUGCACACCUCCAAUCAAGAGAGAUGCUUUAAUGUUGAUAAUUUAAUACAUUUACUUUAAUCAUUGAACAGCCAAGAUUUGAUAUCACCAGUGUGCCUCUUUCUAAAUUCAUGUAGAGUUAAAGAGUGAAGUUACUGGAUUUUGAAAGUGGUAACCCAAUAACCCUGGGUAAAAAAAUAGGCAAGUGGACAUCAAAUCAGGAUUGUUGGCACACAUCAACAGUUUCCCUUGUUACUGCCUGACUUGUUUGGUAGUUUAUGGGCAAUGUUAGGUACCUAAAAGCUUAUAUUUUGAUGUUUAAAAUAACCUUAAAAAGUGGAGUUCCCUUUACUUUAGGUAGUAUUGCCUUAAAGUUUAACCAUAGAAAUGAUGCGGCUACUAGUAGAGAAAAACAAGAUCUAUCUGAUGAUCCAACGGCUUGGGAAAGGUCGUGAUAUAAUGCCACCUGCUACUUUGUCCACAAUAGCCAUGGCAUCCAGUGUCAUGGGGAUAAAAUAGACUGAUAUGCUAUAUUGCUAUAAUACUAGCAAUUACUUAUGAGACAUUCCAAAUCUUUACAUGACCAUUUAACUGUGAUAAAUUCUAGUUCAUACUGAUGUCAGUACAUGGUUGUCUUAGAUUAUUUUCUUUAUUGAUUAAGAAGUUAGGUAAAAUCUUCAAACUUUUAUAUUUAUUUUUUCAAAGGACAGAAAAGAGCAUUUAUAUUUCUUAUAAAUAAUAAUUUGUAAUGAAUAAGAGCAAUAUAAUUGGCUCAAAUAUCAUUUGGCUGAAUUAUAAAAUUAUUUCCUCUAGUCCCUUUCCCCUUCUCAUUCUCAUUAUAAAAUUUUAAAUACAUAGAUUAAAUUUGUCUUUUACAUCUA